GUUUCUGAAGUCGACACCUUUUUGAUUAUUCCGUCUCUAUACCUCGUAUUGAUUGUAAUGUAUUCCACGACGGCGGCGACGGCGGCGCGAAAUUGAAAAACUACCUUCCAAUUUUCGAACCCCACAAUUUCGACCUGUUUACUGUCGGCUUAUAGGAUUCGUUGUCCUAUUCUCGCCCAUGAAUCCGUGAAGGCAUCUCGCGUCUAUAGACAUCAGCCCAAACGGCGGUCUUCCUUUAAAGAUAGGUCGUACGUCCGUAGCGAUCUCGAAAUCUUCCUGCGCGCGCUCUCAUCAGCGUGUCGCCCCCAUUUUCCGAAUGUUACCCUCAUAUGCAUCUUCGACCGGUUCUAAGAUGAUGUCCCGGCAUCAUUCCACCGGAAUCUCCAAUGGCUACCCGCGGAACAAUACCUUCGAUAUCUCCCCUCACAGAUUCCAACCGCGCGCCGCGACACCUGCAGCUCGUCGACGGAAAAACCUCCUAACGCGGCUGGGUAUAAUCGCUUUCGUCGUCUUUUUGAUUUGGCUGUUCAUCUCAUCGGGAAGCGGAGUAUUUACGUCAAUCUUUUCACUAGGUCUCAUAAGUACAAGUAGCGAUGUUUUGAUGGAUACUGUCCGAUAUUACGACCUGUCGAAUGUUCAGGGAACUGCUCGCGGCUGGGAAAGAGAGGAACGCAUUCUCAUGUGCGUGCCUCUACGAGACGCCGAACCACAUCUCAACAUGAUGUUCUCACAUCUUCGCAACUUUACAUACCCUCACCACCUUGUCGACCUUGCUUUCCUCGUUUCCGACUCGAAAGACAGAACAUUGGAAGUACUUGUCGAGAAGCUCGAGGAAUUACAAGCUGCAGAAGACCCGAAACAACCUUACGGAGAAAUAUCAAUCAUCGAAAAAGACUUUGGUCAGAAGGUCAACCAAGAUGUGGAGAGUCGGCACGGAUUUGCGGCACAGGCAAGUCGCCGAAAGCUGAUGGCCCAAGCGCGUAAUUGGCUGUUAAGCGCAACCCUUCGGCCGUAUCAUUCAUGGGUUUAUUGGAGAGACGUCGAUGUCGAGACAGCACCAUUUACUAUUCUAGAGGACUUGAUGCGUCACAACAAGGAUGUCAUUGUUCCAAAUGUUUGGCGACCACUUCCUGACUGGCUUGGGGGCGAGCAACCAUAUGACUUGAACUCGUGGCAGGAGUCUGAAACAGCGCUUGCGCUUGCAGAUACCCUAGACGAAGAUGCUGUGAUUGUAGAGGGAUACGCCGAGUACGCUACAUGGCGGCCUCACCUUGCCUACCUCCGUGACCCAUACGGUGAUCCAGAUAUGGAAAUGGAAAUUGAUGGCGUCGGAGGUGUUAGUAUUCUCGCUAAGGCGAGAGUAUUCAGAUCGGGUGUCCAUUUCCCGGCCUUCAGUUUUGAAAAACACGCUGAAACCGAAGGCUUUGGCAAGAUGGCUAAACGCAUGCAAUUUUCUGUUGUCGGACUUCCUCAUUACACGAUCUGGCAUUUGUACGAACCCAGUGUGGAUGAUAUUAAACAUAUGGAGGAGAUGGAGGCUGAGCGUCAAGCUAAGGAGGCUGAAGAAAAGGCCAAACAAGACCGGGAGAAGAAGGUAAAGGAGCAGUUCAGUGACGCCAAUGCUCAAUGGGAACAAGACAAGUCCGGUAUACAGAACUUGGCUAAGGAGGCUCAAAAAGAACAGAAAGAGCAAAAAGUCGAGUCCAAGGUGGAAGAUUCAAGUCAAGAUUCCAAAAAGCCAGCUGAUAAUAAGGUUGAAGAGCAGCCUAAGAACAACCAAUUUAGGGUAGCGGCCUAGAGUAGAGAGCGAUCUCUAGGAUAUAAUUACGGGUAUAGCCUUCGAUUGCACUUAUGUUCUUUGCCGCAAUGCCGGACUUGUUGUCCAUGAGCACAGGAAGAUAUAAAAAAAAUCGGGUUGGACCAAGGGGAAGGGUAGGCGUGCACACAUUUGAUCAAAUAUGGUCGUGUACAAUACGAGGACCAUGGUGAGGAUCAUGGCACGGCGUUUCUGGUAGUGUCGACGCAUGAUUACGAAGCAUGGAAGUUUUUAUUUUGAACUGGGCGUGGCAAUGGAGUUGCGUUGUUAAUUGUAUAGACCGGCCUCGAGGCUACAUUACUAGUAGAUAUUUUGUUCCACCUAUGUCCUGGCGAUUUCGUUUCUUGACGAGCUAGCUAUCUAGAUGUAACUAAUAUCUUCGGUUUGAUUUCACGUUUAUGGUAUAAGUGAUGAAGAAACAUCCAUGAAUGGAUUAUUGAAUUAUUAUUAAA